AUGGACGUCCAGCUAUACGUUUACGACCUCACAAGAGGUAUGGCGAAAGCCAUAUCUCAACAGCUUCUCGGCAUCCACAUCGAAGCAGUCUAUCAUACUUCCCUGGUAUUUGGCGACAUCGAAUACUUCUUUGGUGCUGGCGUCCAGACCUGCUACCCCGGAACCACACAUCAUGGCCAGCCGAUGGAGAUAAUACCUCUAGGGACUACUCACCUACCGAUGGAAACGAUCAUGGAAUAUCUUGAGAGCUUAAAGGAAGUCUACACCCCCGAGAGCUAUGACUUGUUCGCCCACAACUGUAAGUAUCAUCAAACGAUGGUUCAAACAGAUAUUUCGAUUGGCUAAACAAGUUCUACCACAGGCAACAACUUCACAAACGACUUUGCCAUGUUCUUAGUUGGCCGAGGAAUACCUGGUCAUAUCACGAGCCUCCCGCAGAAGGUGCUGGAUACGCCAUUUGGACAGAUGUUGAAGCCCCAGAUCGAUGCCAGCAUGAGAUCAAUUACACAAGCCGAGGUUCCUGCGCCUAAUAGGCCGCCUCCCAAUGGUGCCGCGUCUUCCUCAUCUGGGUCUUCCAAAGUACCUUCAGUAGCUACGAACAACGAGGUGUCGACAAAUGGAUCGACGAGCAGAUAUGGCAAGGUGAUCAACUUGUCAAGUCUGACUACACUACAGGAGCACACAGCGGCAGCCUCCGAUACAUGCGUUACGAUCUUCUUCACAUCUUCCACUUGCGCACCGUGCAGACUGGCAUACCCAAUGUUCGACAAUCUAGCUGGCGAAAACCCCCAAGCACUCUUCGUCAAGGUCGACAUCAACGCAGCGCAAGACGUCGCGAUGAGAUAUCAAAUUCGGGCUACUCCAACCUUUAUGACUUUCUCGAAGGGCGCCAAGCAAGACGAGUGGUCUGGAGCGGAUCCCAAUGUGCUAAAAUCGCAUGUCGAGCGACUCAUUCAAGCGACAUUUCCUCCGCAUCGCCACUUGACGUUGAAGGUGCCCACCUUACAAUUUGGCUCGAUGCGGCCGGUAACAUAUGCAAAGGUACCGCCUCUCGAUAAGCUGAUGGCAAAGAUCGGUUCUUCUUCAACGCAGAAAGAUCUUGUUGCCUUGAGGACAUUCUUGGAAAAGCGAAGCGAAGAUCCGAAAGAGGCACCCCUUCCUGAUCUACACAGCAUGUCUAAGACUUUCCAAUCCAACGUGCUUGCACUACCUACAGAAGUCCGCUUCGCCGCCGUCGAUCUCCUGAGAUGCGCUAUGGUCGAUCCACGAGUGGGGGGCUAUUUCGCCGAAGAGAAUCAGCCAAAGACCGUACCGGCGUUGAUUGAGCAUGUCAACAAUUUGAAAGACUGCCCGCAUAAUCUGCGUUUGGUCACAAUACACCUGGCGUGCAACGUCUUUGCCUCUCCACUAUAUGUGAGAGAGCUCUUCCAUUCGGACGACACCUCAAUAUCCCAGCUCAUCCAACUCAUCACAUCUUCGCUACUUGAUACUACACAUCCAACGACACGUGUAGCUGCUGCUUCUCUAGCUUUCAAUCUGGCUACUUCAAACUAUCGCGUUCGCCGGGAAGAAGGAGACGAUGCGUUGGCGGAAGCUGAGCAGGUGGAAUUGGCCGCAUCACUUCUGGAAACUUUUUCCGACGAAGACAGUGCAGAUGCUACUAAAGCAUUGUUGUUGGCAUUUGGGUACCUGAUCUACUGUGCCCCGGAGGACGGAGAGCUUUUUGAUCUCUGUGGAGCUCUGAAUGCCAAGGCGAAGAUCAUGAACUCCAAGGGACACGACAGCCUUACGACGGAAGUCGCAAGCCUUCUGUAA